GAAACUAGCUUCUCCAUUAUGGUUGUCAGUAUUGGUUUUGGCUGCUUUAUAUGGCAAACUAUUGAGUCAGGUUCGAUGCUUUUUAAAAUCCGCAAGCCCGUUCAUGCCGUUGUGUUUUCGCAAGCGCUUCUAGGUGUUAUAGUAACUUUUGUUACAUUACUGACUUCCUUGAUUGAAGUGGAUUGUACUUUUCGUCUCUUUUUUUCUGUAGUUGGAGUUAAUUUGGCCGAUAUAGCUCUUCAAUCGAUUCUUUUGUGGAAAGCAUUUCUAGGAAACAGUCGAUCUAAAAUCAUUUUAAUUCUCGGUACUAUUCCAUUACUUGGUCUUGUUGCCUUCAUUUGUAUGAAUAUCACCUUUGGAAAAUCCACUUCAUUUUUUGAAAAUGGUGCCUGUGCUACUGAUUAUCCGAUCUUCAUCGUUAUCAUCAAGGCAACACUAGAUUUUUGUUCCAACACAUUUUUAUCAGCAUGUUUUCUAUUAGUGAUCUAUCGACAUUACCGAUUACUUGGAUCCAUUCUUGGUGGUAGUACACCUGUGAUAUAUACGAUUGAUUGGUAUGUUGCUUCUUAUCUGAUUAUCAAGCAGUUAAAGAAUGGUCGCAAAGCAAAAAAAGAAGAAGAUAUGGAAUUUGAUGAAGAUGAUAUGAAGACUAGCCAUUUUACCAAUGAAGACCAGAGUCAAAUUGAACCAUGCUAUUAU